AUGUUCAAAAAAUUCUCAAGGAUAUAUUUAAGCAUUAUAUUGUAAAUUUAAAUAUUAUCAUUAGGGUGAAAUUAGUUUAUUGCUCUUGUGAGGUCUUCAAAACAAUUACUACUCCAAAUACAGGAUAAAGGUUAAUUGAAUAAGAUUUAUCAUCCCUUGUUACUUUAGAUUACGCUUGGGGUGUAUGGACAAAAUAUUCUAAAUUUUAUGUUUCAAAAUAACUCUAUUCGGAAUAUAUUGUAUAGAUUGUAUUUAGAAUCCAAACUUAUGGUAUUUAAAUCCAAGAUGCACAACAGAUUAUCUAAUGCCCUUUUCUAAUGAUACAAAUUAUGUGUUUUUGAAAAAAGAUAGAAAAAUAAAAGAUUUUGAAUACUAUUUAAUCAAUUAGUUGAAUAUCACAUAAUAGCCAGUCCUUGAAUCAUGCUUUGGAUGCUUAGAAUAAACUGAAAGUUCUUUCAAUUUUAUUGAAAAAUAUACUUUAAAUAAAAUCUAAAAGUUUUUAUGUAAGAGUUGUUAUUAAUCAAAUAAUGGAGAAUGUGUUAAAGUAAAUAAGAAUUGUAAUGAAUGCAAUAACUAUCAUUAAUGUAUAAGUUGUGAAUUAAAUUACACUCUAUAUGAUAAUAGAUGUUUAGAAUGUCCCUUAGAAUGUCCCAAUUGUAAAUACAAUUAAACUGGUUAUUAUUGUAGAGAGUGUAUUACAGGUUAUUAUUUUAAUUAAACACUUGAAUAAUGUCAAUAAUGUGGCUAAUUUUGUAAAGUUUGUAUUUACUCUUCUACUUUGAAUAACCUGUAAUGUGUAAGAUGCAUUCAUGAUUAGGAUUAUUUUAUCUCUGCAGAGAAAUUAAACUGCAAAACAAAAACCUUACCUAACUGUGAGAUUGAGGUAUCAGAACAUUAUCUAGUUUAUUUUAAUUAAAGUUUAAUGUUAGAAGCUUAAUAAUAUAGUAAUUCUCUAGAUAUUGUUACUUUCAAGGAGACCAUUCCAGUAUUUUAAGUUUGUCUAAAGUGUAAAAAUGGAUAUAUCAAUAAAAUGUUAGUUUAGUAAUAUUAUGAAUGUGCAUCAGUAGAGUCUUAAGGUAACUUUUUACCAAAAGAAUUAAAACUUAAAAUAUUAGAAUCUAAAAAUAAUGAUUUUCAAUUAGCUUUAUAUAGUCUACCAUAAAAUCCUUAACUAAAAUUUGUUAUUAUAUAUGGAGAUCGUGUUAAUUCUUACUCUAGUAUUACUACAAUUUCAAAUCCAAUUACUGGAAUAUUUUGUAAUGAUCCUAAUUGUAUGGUUUGUGUAAAUAACUACAUUUAAGAAUAAUAAUAUUGUAUGUAAUGUUUGAAUGGAUUCUAUUCGAAUACUUUUUUAGGAAAAUGUUAUUAAUGUCCAUCAACUUGUUCUUCAUGUAUUGAAUAAAACAAAGUUUAUUAAGAUGCUUGGAAAUGGCAAUAUAAAAUUAAUUAUCAUUUUAGAAAUUAUUUAUUAGAUGGUUAGCAUAAUUUCAAUGUCUUUGGAACUAAAUUAGAUAUAGAAAAUUUAGAGGUCAUAUGCACAGCUUGUCCAUAAAAUGGUAUACUUUAUAAUAAUAAAUGCUAUCCAAAAUGCAAUUGUGAUUCCUGCAUUAUAGAAAAUGAUUAAUCAGUAUGCAUUAGUUGUAAUAGUCUAAACACAAAAACAGUUUAUCAUGGAUAAUGUCAUCUUUGCCCUUAAUUUUGUGAAUUAUGUAGAGAAAUUACUGAAGAAGAAAAGCUUAAAAUUAAUCCUUAUUUCUAACCAGAUGAUAUUACACUAUAGAAAUAUGCAUAGUAAUGUAUAAAACGUUAAUCUGAACCUCCAAAAUCUGGAAUAUUGUACUAUGAUCAUACUUUGGGUUAUGAAAUUAAUUGUCUAAACUCUGAAAAGAAAGAUUGUUAUCUUUACCUAGAAAUUCCAAUUAAUUUAUACUGUUCUAAAUCAAUUUUUGAUUAUUAUUUUUAUAGAUUAGAAACUUCAGAAGAAUAAAAUGAAUUUUUAAGUAAAAAUGCUCUUAUUUCUGAAAUUUUUUCUACACUUAAUAUCAACCAUUUCUCUGUAGAAACUAAUUAUCUAUUUAAUGAACUAAACUAAAAAAGUGUGAAAUUAGUGAGAUACAUCUUAAAUGUAUUACCAAAAACUGGGGAUUGUAUCAUAAAAAAAAAUACAUUUAUUAAAUCGGAAAUCCGUCGAAAUGUCUUCACAGUAUAAUAUUUAGAACUAAUUUUAUAAUCCCCUAGCAGUAGAAUGUAGAUUUAUCUAGAUGACAAUAUUACUUUUUAUGAAUUCACUGCAAUCAAUUUAAAAAAUCUUUAGAUUAUUCCAAAUAAUAAUACUACAUCAUUGAAUAUUAAAAAUUUAUAUAGUAUAUCGGUUUUGUUAGAAGAGAUUUAAAUAAAGAAUAUCAAUUAAAAUUAAUUUAAAAUAGCAAUCUAAAAUCCAAAUAAUAUAAAAAUAAAGGAUUUUUAAAUUUUAGAUUCUAAAUUAGAUAAUCUUAAUGGAAUCAUUAAUUAUUACUUUACUCAAAAUUUAACAAAGACUUUAGUAUUUUAAAUUGAUUAAUUUAUAAUAUCAAAUUGUUUUAUAACUAAUUCAAAAUUAAUAGUUUAAAUUUUGGAUACAGGAUACAAUAAUCAACUACUUAAAGUCAAUAAUUUUAAGUCAUUAAACAAUAAAUAUAUAUCAUCAAUUACUUUCUACACUUAAUUUAAUAAUUCAAAUAGAGAAUCCAUAUUCAAUAUUGAAUAAUUUAAUUCUGAACAUGAUGAAUUAACUAAUUCAAGUCUAUUUAAUAUACCUGGAGUAUUAAAUGUUGAAUUAAUAAACAUUAUAGUUUCUAAUGGUAAAUUUAAUUCUCAAGUCUAAUUAUUUAAACUACCUCUAUUCUCUAUUGACAAUAAGUUAAUAUCAAACAAUAACUUCAAUAGUCCUGAUAAUGUUGUAAUAACAAAUAAAGUAGAUGCUUUAUACAAAGAUAACAUCAAAUCAAAUAAAGUUUCAUUAAAUUCAAUAACAUUUGACAAUAAUAAUUAUAUUGGAAGUAAAGUGUUCUUAGAAUUAGAGCAAAGUGAUCAAUUUUUUGAUUUAAAAGUUAAUAUUAAUGGAUUGACAUUACAUACUAAUAAAUUUACUUAACAAAAUUACAAAGGUUCAGUAAAUUCAGCCAAUUCUUCUCUUUAUUUUGAUGUAAAGGAAAUUUAUAUGGAAAAUGUUAAUAUUAUUAGAACUUUCACUCUUCCAGAGAUAUCUAUUGUUAAUGUUGAUAAAAUAGUGUUUAAAAAUAUAAGAGCUACAUUAGAUUAUGAAUUCAAAAUUAAAUUGUUUCAUUAAUUCGUUUCUUGUCUAUAAUAAAACUAAGAUAUUGGGUAUGGUAGUAUGAUCUAGUUAUAUAAUGUUAAAUUAAUUUAAAUUGAUAAACUUGAAAUUACAGGUUUAAUAAUAAUUAAUUUACCGAUUAUAACAUUAAAAUCAUUAGAAAGAACAAAUUUUAGACAAUCAGAGAAAAUAGAAAUGAAAUACCUUAAUUUGACAAACAAUACAAUUAUUCUUACUAAAUUGUCUGAACAACCUUGUGUUAUUAGCAUAAUAUCUGAAUAAUAAUAAUAAAUUGAUUUGUAAGAUAUUUAUACCUUUAAUAAUCAUCAUCAUACUUAUUAAGAAGAUUAACUAUUCAAGUAAUCAUCAACUAUUUAUAUAAAUAGUCCUAAUUCUAAAAUUAUAUUAAUUAAAUCUAUAUUUGAAAAUAAUAUUAUCACUAAUAAUUAAGGAUCUAAUCUUGUAUUUAAAUGUGGAAAUUUCUAGAUGGAGGAUUGUUAUUUUAAUUCUUAAAAUGAUUUAUAAUAUUAAUAUUUAAAAGAUCGUUUAAUUUGGGGAUAUUAAUAAAAUGAAAUAAUUUUUAUUGAGAAUUUGCAUUCAAUUUUUCCUAUUAAAUCAAAGGG